CCAGGAAUAUAAAAGAGCACGAGGUAUCGAUACCUGGCAGUGAGAAUCGAUCUCUGGGAUUUAUACGUUCUACCAAAUGGAUACUAUGAUGAUAUUUCACACGACACUGUUGUUAGUUGUUGCGACGUCAAUACUUGGUGCGUCGACUUCUACGACGACGACAACUACAUUAGCACCGUCUACAGUUCCUGCAUCAGGAAAAACAAAACGUGGCAUUGCAGGACUUGGAACUAAUAUCUUUGCCAAUCACGGUGUGCUCCAUGUUAGACAAUAUAAUCCCGAAGUAGCGAGUUCACUAACGGUCCAUGAUGGUACAUCUUCGUCUCAUCCAAGUCCUGGAUCACACUCUGGUUAUAAUGGCGCAAGAGUAGCGACGCAAAGCAGUCCUCAAAGCAAUCAAAAUUACGCAACGACCACUCAAUCUCAAAACAGUCGAUCAUCGAACCAAAAUUCUGGUUACAAUCCUCAGAGGCAAAGUUCUGGUUAUACCAAUGCCAAUUAUGGGUCAAUCCCUCAGAACGUUUACUAUUCUGUCCCUGCUCAGAAUGGCAAUCCAUCAUCUCCAUCGUCCUACAGUGCAUAUACAGCAUCUCCGAAUACUCAACAAGGUCAAAGUCAGCAAAAUAGCUACGGACAGGAUAGCCCCAUUAGCACACCGUAUUUUGCGAGUUAUUCAAAUUCUCCAACUAUCUUGAAGAUCGUCGCCGAGAACUCGAGGCCCUUGACCCAGUUAAAGAGCGGUCUCGUUCAGAGCCCAGUGUCUCAGGCGACCAUUCCGAAGAUUCAAGGUCAGGCAGUUUACGCUCCUAAUCAUCAGAACUCCUUCACGUACGAUAAACAACUAGGAGCUUAUUCGAAUAACAAUGUUGGAAGUUAUCCUAGUUAUUCGGAACUAGGUCAAACCUCGUUCUAUGGUAAUCAGAAUUCACCAACUUCUAAUUCUCAACAAGUUGUGCAGACUCCGAUUUACAAGAAUAGUCAAACCGCUCCAAGAAAUCCUGAAUAUUCUCAGAUAUAUGCUCCUCAUCAUCAGAGCGCUACUCAAUUUACUCCGAUUAUUGGAAACUAUGAAAAGCUGGUUCAAAAUCCAGCACCAUAUAAUAAUGUUCCAACUAUUAAUUUCAAUGGCAAGAAAGUACCACUUCCGGUUAUUCAGCUGCAGAGCUCUCAAGAUUUUCCAGGAUUCGCUGAAGCCAUUGAAAGUCAGCCAUUGCUCUUGGGUUCAGGAAUCGAUUACCAGGCCCAACCGAAUUUGGCGUUCGACUUUAAUUUCGGUAGUAAAACGGUACCUCAAGCUGCUACUAAUCCAUUGCCUUUCUUAGCACCAGCUGGAGCUUACACUGGUCGAUCCCAAGUUCAACCUGUUCAAAGUGCUAGCAGUACUCCUCAGAUUCCUCAGUAUCAAGGGGCUAGUAUCGAUAGUUUUCCUAAAUAUAAUACUGGUAAACCAGCUGCUACUUAUGAGGCCUUGAAAUCUCAACCCCAACUUCAAUUUAAUCCAAAACCUGCUCAGCCUGCUAAUACUCAUCACUCCGUUACUCACCAUUCGAAGCCUUUCGAAGAAAGUCGUGAGGAUGUUGAAGUCAUUAAUAAGAAAAAACCAGCACCACCGCCAGAGCACGACGAUGAAGAACUUGAUGAAGGAUACAGGGGAAUUGAAAGGGAGUAUAGAAAUCCCAGUGACGAGGAUGACGAACCCCGUCAUGGCAGAUACUUUAAGGAAUCAGAAUCAGAAGGCGACUUCAAACCGUCCAGAUCCUUCCCAUACAAAUCUUAUGACGAAAAGUUCGGAAAAUACUCCAAAUCUACAUCUGAUGAUGAUUCAGAAUAUAGACCCGUGAAAAAGUACAGACACCAGCCUCUCGAAGACAAUGAUGAUCAUGAUAGUCGUUCCACGAGAUAUAACGCGGAUUACAGCCUUCCGAAAUCACGUCGUCAUAGAUAUGAGGAUGAAGAUGAAGAAGAAAGUCGAAGAAACGAAAGACGCGAAGAGCCUGAAGAGGAAGAUGACCGCGGCAGUUCUCCGAAAGCUUAUAGUAAUUUCGGGGAAGAGUUAGAGCGGGAAUUUGAAGAGUCAUAUAAAAAAGAGCUACCUAAAAACAGAUACGUACACGAAAAGGAAGUUCCUGAAAUAGAUGAAGCUUCAUACACGUCCAACAGUUACUCACGCCAAAACGCUCCAAAAUCAUCAAGAAAUUCACAUAAGGGACAGGGUCAACACCAGGCCAGUCAUGAUGAAUCUGAAGACAGUAAGGAAUACGGAAGUCAUUCCAGUCACAAAUACCGGAAGGCUCCAAAAGGUCACAGGGACAGUGAAGGUUAUGGUUCCAGUAGUUAUUACAAAAGAGCACCUAAGGUAGUCCAUGAAGAAUCAUUUGGUUACAAAAAGCCAGAUGGUGAAUCAUACUCAAAAUACGUCAAAGGUCCCGAUGGUACUGAGAGGUACUCAAAAGUAAAGAAAGGUCCUAAAGAGGACUCUUACGUCCAUGCAGCGCGUAGUUCGCAUAAAAAUAAUACACCGAAAAAGGGCGACGCUGCGUCCUAUCAGAACGGCGAUUCCUACUCGUAUUCUAAAGGAAGUAGCUGGAAAUCCGAUAAGAAUGCACCGGAUGCCUCCGCUGAUUCACACGGAUAUUACAGCGGCAUUACGAAAACUUUGGCUCAACCCGAUUCGAAAUCCAGUUUUCACGCCCCCAGUAUAAAUCGGGGCAAAUUCCGCUACUCAAGGAGCGAAACAAUCGUUCGAGAUCUGACGGGGAUUUAAUGGGUAUGGAAUACUAUCGAUAAACAAUUGCGACCUAAAACAAACUGUUAAUUGUAGCUACGAAGGUGGUGAUAAGCCCGAUCAGAAUGAAGUAAUUAUUGCUAAGUUAAAUUUAAGAUAAUAUGGGAAUAGUUAUAUAAAUUGAAGGGAUCUUACGCAUUUUGCUCAAAAUAGAAUAGCGAGUAUAUUUAAUUUUAUUACUGUUUUUUAUAUGCAUAUGUUGAUUUUACAUUUUAUUUAAUUAUUCAGCAAAUUCAAACGAAUUGCACAGACCUAUGAGCUCGAUUGAAAAAAAAUUGAACUGCAAUUUCCUAGCUUUAAACGAUGUAUGGUACAGUAUUAUGUCCAUUGUUAUUUAAUUAAUAUUUACUUUCUAUAUUUGUUAAGUUUUCACUGUUAUCCUUCUUUUGUAUUAUAUAUUAUAUCAAUUUUUAAAUAAAUAUUUUU